AUGCCCAGUCUGAUCACUUUUGCCAUCAGUCUCGCGGCAGUCACCCUCCUCUUCAAGACGCUGUAUGACCGCGGAGUCACCCUCGGCGCUUUCCGCGACCCCGGCGCCAUCUUCCACAAUGCUGGCUUUGGGGACUUGCGCUUCAUCGACGGAGCAGAUUGCGAGGACCUUCAUCUUCACGAAGGACACAUCUUCACCGCGUGCCAGGGCGCCCAUGGGAGCCGCGGGAAGUGGUUCCCCCCGCUCGCGGUCUUUGACGACCCCAGCACGGCGGGCGAUGGCGAGCUCCGUGUGAUCAACCCCGAAACGUUCAUCUCGCGCAAGCUCAACCUCGACGGCUUCUCGUCCUUCUUCUGCACGCACGGCAUCGACGUCAUCGAGGACCCACAGAACAGCCGCGCUGUCUACAUCCAGGCAGUCAACCACGCCCCGACCGACGAGUUCGUCAAGAGCCGCGACACCUCUCUCCCGGCAGAGGAGAAGGCCGACUCGCGCAUCGAGAUCUUCCACCAUGUCCUGGGCUCUGACACUGCUACCCAUGUCCGCACCGUGCGCAAUGACCUCGUCAAGAUGCCCAACGACCUGCUCGCGACGGGACCUACCUCGUUCUUCGUCACCAAUGACCACUUCUAUCGUGAGGGCCUGAUGCGUACCGUCGAAGUCCUCGGUACGCGUGCGACCACGGCGUGGAGCAACACUGUCCACGUAAUCGCAAACGCUAAGGAGAAGGACUUUGACGGCGUCGAUGCGGUUUACGCUCUCAACGGAUUGCACAACAACAACGGUCUCGGUCGCCGCCCCGGUGGCUUGACGGUCGUCGAUGCAAGCGGCGGUGUCGCGUACCUCGCCCACAUCGAGGGACGGAACAUCAAGGUUGACGGACAGGUCGUGUACGAGAGCACGAUCGACAACCCCUCCUGGUUCACCGACAAGUAUCCCGGCGACGAUGACCGCUCGGGGCUCCUCCAGGCUGGCCUUGCCAAGGCCAUCCAGUUGCACGACUCUGUGCUGGUCGACGCGGCUGUGCCGCCCAUUGUAUGGCUCAGCAGCGGGUCGCUGGAGAAGGGCUGGAACACGACUAUGCUGUUCACCGACGACGGGCUCAGCCUGUCCUCUUCCAGUGCCGCCGUCAUGAUCUCGAUCGACCCCGCGACCAACGACGAUAAGAAGCAGGCGUGGCUGUUCAUGAGCGGCUUUGGCUCGACCCGCGUCGUCGCGACCAAGGUCGAUCUGUAG